UUUAUAAAUACUGAAACUGUCAAGUGACAAAUGUAAUUGUCAAUGUCAGUUUAGCAUUUUGGAAUUGUUUCUUUCAUUUUAUUUGAUUUGAGUGCUACGGAAUCAAAAUGGCAUCGGCAUCAUCAAGUCAGCAAAUCGACUUAACUAAGCUGAGUCUGCCGCAGUUGGCUCAGUUAAAACAACAAUUAGAUCAGGAAUUAAGCGUGUUCCAAGACUCAAUACAGACAUUGCAAAUAGCUAAAAGUAAAUUUGUUGAAUCCGGAGAGAGUCUUGAAAAAAUAACACCUGCAAUUAAAGGCAAGACGAUUCUGGUGCCUCUCACAGGAUCUAUGUAUGUACCUGGCACAGUGGCUGAUGUUGAUAAUGUGGUCAUCGACAUUGGCACCGGAUACUAUGCACAGAAAGAUAUUGAUGGUGGUAAAGAUUACUUCAAAAGAAAGGUAGAGUUUGUUGCUGAGCAAAUGGAAAAGAUUAACUUAUUGGGUAUGGAGAAGUCAAAACUCCGACAAGCUGUUGGUAUGAUAAUGGAAAUGAAAUUCCAAUCAGAACUACAAGCACAGAAGGCACCAGCAUCAUAACAAAAGUCCCUUAUCGCUAUAUUCUCAAAUUGAGUAUUGUAUGUUUAUUUUAAUUUUUUAGUUGGCUUGUCAGAAUCAAUGAAAUGUAUUUACGGAUGUAAUGGUCAUAGUAUUGAUAUGAUUAAAUGACAUUUUGCUGACACUAUGUAGUAUUUCCUACUGCAGUACACUUGAAGGCAGGAUAUGAAGAGCAACCAAAUUUAAAACAGGCAAUUUGGAAGUAUGAAAUACGGAUAUGUAGUGGGUCUCCUGAACUUGUACACUAUGUGUGUUGAUAUUUUCAGCCCUAAUCAGUGUUAGAUCACAUUACGUAUUCUCGAUUAGUUAAGCCAUAUAGAAACUCUGAAGCUAGAUCUGGCGUCUACACAGGCAGGGGUAUCCUUUGGGGGAAUCGGGCAAUCGCGUGGGGCCUCGCCGGUUGCUUGGAGGACAUUCUUUUACGAUCUUACCAGCGAAUUCGGUAAACCAGAGAACUUUUUUGUUCUCGCUGGGGCCUCGCGUCUUUUUUUUAUUUCGCCUAGAGCCUCGCGUCAUUUAGGAACCCCACUAUGUUAAUGGCCUUAGUUACUGCAAAAGCGCAUACUAUACAGUAUAGUGUCACAAUACUAUGGUACUUACCAUUACAUAUGGAUAAAUUGUAAGCCUGCUUUCGAUUAUCGGCUGUAGGUGAUGUGCAAGUAUAAACUCAAAACUCAAUAAGAAAUUUAUGUAAUCACAUUAUUGUCAAUUACAGACCAGUUUAAUUACAAAGUUGUAGCGCUUAUUAGAAAAUUAUUUACGUUCUAUUAUUAACGUAUUUUAUUAAUAUUGAGCUUUACUUUUUCGUUACUACAAUAAUUAUGCAUUUGAAUAUUUUUAACUGUCUCUAAGAAAUUUGUGAUCAAUCACAAUGUAGCGUUUGUUUCGUUUAACAGUAAUAAAUUAUUAUUUAAUA